AUGGCCGACAUGGCGCUCGCUGGAUUAAGGUGGGCAGCAUCGCCCAUUGUCAACAAGCUUCUUACCGAAGUUUCAGCUUACCUCAGUGUGGAUAUGGUGCGUGAGCUCCAACAGUUAGAAGCCACCGUCCUACCACAGUUUGAACUGGUGAUUCAAGCGGCGGAAAAGAGCCCCCACAGGGGCAAGCUGGAGGCAUGGCUCCGGCGUCUCAAAGAAGCCUUCUAUGAUGCCGAGGACCUGCUGGACGAGCAUGAGUACAACCUCCUCAAGCGCGAGGCCAAGAGCGGGAAGGGUCCCUUGGUAGGGGAGCAUGAAACCUCCUCCAUUUCAUCAACAAUCAUGAAGCCUUUUCAUACUGCUAAGAGCAGGGCACGCAACUUGCUCCCUGAGAACAGAAGGCUAAUUAGCAAGAUGAACGAGCUCAAAGCUAUCCUGACAGAAGCCAAGGAGCUUCGUGAUCUUCUUGGCUUACCACACAGCAACACCGCCGAGUGGCCAGCUGUCGCAGCAACCAUUGUUCCCACAACCACAUCACUACCCACUUCAAAGGUUUUCGGUCGCGACAAGGAUCGUGAUCGUAUAGUAGAUUUUCUUCUCGGCAAGACAACAGCUGACAAGGAAAGUUCAUCUAGGUACUCAGGUUUGGCCAUUGUUGGAGCGGGAGGAAUGGGGAAGUCCACCUUAGCACAGUAUGUCUACAAUGACAAGAGGAUAGAAGAAUGCUUUGAUGUCAAGAUGUGGGUCUGCAUUUCACGCAAACUUGAUGUCCAUUGUCACACGCGAAAGAUUAUUGAGUCCGCAAAAAAGGGGGAGUGCCCACGUCUUGAUAAUCUCGAUACUCUCCAAUGCAAAUUACAUGAUAUAUUACAAGGGUCACAAAAAUUCCUACUUGUCUUGGAUGAUGUUUGGUUUGAAAAAUCUGAUAGUGAGACUGAGUGGGAGCAACUCCUUGCUCCAUUAGUCUCUAAACAGUUGGGAAGCAAAGUUUUGGUGACUUCUCGAAGUGAAACACUUCCGGCCAAUUUAUUGUGUGAACAUGUCGUUCAUUUGGAAAACAUGGAUGAUGCUGAGUUCUUGUCACUCUUCAAACAAUAUGCUUUCUCUGGAGCAGAAAUCAAAGACCAGCUAUUGCGCAUGAAGCUAGAACAUACCGCAAAAGAGAUUGCUAAAAAGCUUGGACAGUGUCCUUUAGCAGCAAAAGUUUUGGGUUCCCGAUUGAGCAGAAAAAAAGAUAUCACUGAAUGGAAAGCUGCACAAAAUUUCAGAGAUUUAAGUGAGCCCUUCACCGUUCUGUUGUGGAGUUACGAGAAGUUAGAUCCAUAUCUUCAGAGGUGCUUCUUGUAUUGCAGCUUAUUUCCUAAAGAUCAUAGAUAUAAACCUGAUGAGUUGGUUCACCUUUGGGUCGCAGAAGGCUUUGUUGGUUCGUGCAAUUCGAGUAGGAAAACAUUGGAAGAUGUUGGGAUGGAUUACUUCAAUGAUAUGGUCUCUGGAUCAUUCUUCCAAUUGGUUUCUGAAAGGUAUGAUUCGUACUAUGUCAUGCAUGAUAUCCUUCAUGAUUUGGCAGAGUCACUCUCUAGAGAAGACUGCUUCAGAUUGGAAGAUGAUAAUGUCACAGAAAUACCAUGCACUGUUCGACAUCUAUCUGUUCAUGUUGAGAGUAUGCAAAAGCAUAAGCAAAUUAUCUACAAGCUACAUCAUUUACGCACUAUUAUCUGCAUCGAUCCACUAAUGGAUGAUGCAAGUGAUCUUUUUGACCACAUGCUACGGAACCAAAGAAAACUGCGUGUAUUGUAUUUGUCAUUUUACAACAGCAGCAAGUUGCCAGAAUCUAUUGGUGAGCUGAAGCACCUCCGAUACUUGAAUCUCAUCAGAACGUUAGUUUCUGAAUUGCCUAGAUCAUUAUGUACUCUCUACCACUUACAAUUACUUUGGUUAAACUGCAUGGUGGCAAGUUUUCCUAAAAAACUCUGCAAUUUAAGUAAGUUACGCCAUCUAGGAGCGUACACAUAUGACACUGAUGAUUUCUUGGGUGAAAGGCCUAUUUGCCAAAUUCCGAACAUAGGUAAGCUAACUUCGCUACAACACAUUUAUGUAUUUUCUGUGCAAAAGAAGGAAGGAUAUGAGUUGCGACAGCUGAAGGACUUGAAUCAGCUUCAUGGCAAUUUAACAAUAGAAAAUCUUGAGAAUGCCACUGGAAAGGAUGAGGCCUUAGAGUCAAAGCUAUAUCAGAAAAAAUGCCUUGAAGUGUUGAAUUUUGUCUGGAGUUGCCAGAAUGACAUGGAUGCAGCGGACACUUCACAUUUGGAUAUUCUAGAAGGUCUGAGACCACCGCCCCAGCUGAGUAGCCUCACAAUCAAAGGUUACAAAUCUGGCACAUAUCCAAGGUGGUUACUUGAGGGAUCCUAUUUUGAGAAUUUGGGUAGUUUUGGGCUUGCUAGUUGCAGUUUGUUAGAAGGUCUACCACCUGAUACCGAGCUGCUUCGGCAUUGCUCUAGGCUGCAUAUAAAAAAUGUUCCAAAUUUGAAGAAACUAUCAUAUCUUCCAGCAGGCCUUACAAAGUUGUCAAUUCACAGGUGCCCACUGCUUAUUUUUAUCACCAACAAUGAGCUAGUACAACAUGAUUUGAGGGAAAACAUAAUGAACAUCAACGACCUGGCAUCAAAACUUGCAUCGAUGUGGGAGGUGGAUUCAGGAUCACAUAUUAGGAGAGUGCUAUCAAAGGACUGUUCAUCUCUGAAGCAGUUUAUGACACUAAUGGAUGAUGAUAUAUCACAACAUCUUCAAAUUAUUGGAAGUGCUCUAGAGGAAGGAGAUAUAAUAUCGGUGAAAGAAAAUAUCAUCAAGGCAUGGCUUUUUUGCCAUGAGCAGAGGAUAAGAGUCGUUUAUGGAAGGACCAUGGAGAUGCCACUGGUUCUACCGUCAGGACUCUGUGAACUUUCUCUUUUUUCAUGCAGUAUUACAGAUGAAGCUUUAGCUAUUUGCCUUGGUGGCCUCAUUUCACUGGAAACUUUAGAAUUGAAAUAUAAUAUGGCAUUAACUGCACUUCCAUCAGAAGAGGUGUUUGAGCAUUUGACAAAGCUUGACGUGUUGAAACUGCAAGGUUGUUGGUGUCUCAAAUCACUGGGGGGCUUACGUGCUGCUCCAUCUCUUUCCAUUCUUUACUGUAGGGAUUGUCCUCCUUUAGAGCUAACACGUGGAGCAGAACUAAUGCAGUUGAACGUUGCUAGGCACCUCAGCAUCCAUGGCUGCAUUCUUGCAGCUGAUUCAUUCAUCAAUGGCUUGCCACACCUGAAAUCUCUUUCCAUUAAUGUCUGCAGAAGCUCCCCAUCCUUAUCGAUUGCCCACCUGACCUCCCUUGAAACAUUAUACCUAUGGCGUCUCCCUGAUCUUUGCUUCGUUGAAGGCUUGUCUUCCCUGCACCUUAAUGUCUUAAGUCUAAUAGAUGUUCCAAACCUCACUGCCAAGUGCAUCUCACACUUUCGUGUCCAGGAAUCGCUCACCGUUAAUAGCUCCGUAUUGCUCAACCGCUUGCUCAGGGCUGAAGGGUUUACAGUCCCACCAGACCUUUCUUUUACAGAUUGCAAGGAACUGUCGGUUUCAUUUGAAGAGCCUGCAAAUCUCUCAUCUGUUAAGUUCCUGGAUUUUUUGAGUUGCGAAACGGAGUCCCUGCCAAGAAAUCUAAAAUUUCUAUCAAAUCUGGAGAGUCUUUCUAUCCGCAAUUGCCCCAACAUAGCAUCUUUACCGGAUCUGCCGUCCUCCCUCCAGCACAUAACUAUAUGGGGUUGCCCCGUCUUGAAGAAGAACUGCCGAGAACCUGAUGGAGAAAGCUGGCCAAAGAUUUCGCACAUUCGAUGGAAGAGCUUCUACUAA